GCUCUUUGUGCGGUGCGUUGUUGUUGUCGUUGCUGUUUUUGCAUUGUUGCGCCUUAUCAGUUGUUACAUUGUUGUGUUUCGGUGCCGGUCUCUGUGAUUUCGCGACUGUGAUUUUUAUCGUGUGUUUGUUUCGGUUUGUGUUGAGGUUGUUAAGUUUUUGUUUGUGUCUAACACCACCUGUGAACAUUGCACUGUUUGACUGUAAGCUAAUAUUUAGGAACUCUUUAGUAUCUGUUUUUGGGGUUACUUGGCAGAGAGAAAUAGGAAAGUAGGACACUACAUAAUUAGUGUGUUUUUUUUUCAGAUAAGCAACUAACAUAGUUUUUGGCACUGAGGAUAUUUUUAUGCACUGCUCGAUCUAAUAUCUGUGUCACUCUAACACUCACGUUUUAGUAAUAGCUCCUUGUGUAAAUAAGACGGCACGUUACGUAACCUUGAUUCCACGCAACGCUUGCAGGAUGGGAUCUAACGCGGCCCUUCUCUUUCCAGCUUAGCGGCUGUCAUGUCUUAUACUUUUACGGAUCCCGAAAGUUUAAAUCGAGAUCCAGACACGAGCUCCUUAGCCUCUACUAGCACCACUGCCACGACCGCCAGUCAGCAGUCUACGAAAAAGAAGAAACCUUGGUCAAAGUUCAAGAGCAGUAUUAAAUCAAUUGGUGAUAAAAUGAGUUCCAAACCAAAAUUUACCGACCCUACUGAAAGUAGUGAGCAGAAACGAGUAAAAAAGGGUAAAAAGGUAAAGGCUAGUAGUAGUGGUGAGCUGAAACCCUCUACUCCUGAAGAACCCCCUCGAGCGAAAUCUCCCACGAAAAAUAUAAUGAAGAAACUCAGUGUAGAAAGUAUUAGCACACCUUUCGUUGGCUAUCAACCGGCGUCAGUGAGUCCUGGACCUAAGUCUUACGCUAAGGCUCUCCACAAGUCAGGGUCUACCAGUGAAAGCAAUCUAUCGGCGAGUGACAUCGAUACCCCUAAGAAGUCUUUGACGUUGGAUAGAAAUAUCAAACUGCAGGAGUCACCGGACAGCGGUCGAGCUAGUCAGACCAUGGGUAGCCUAGAGGGUAGCAGACCUCCUAGCCAGAUCAAGGAAGUAUCCUCCGACGUGAGUGUGGACAGCGACUACACAAGUCCCAGCCAAUCUAAAUCUUACAGAGGACUAGAGGAGGAAUCACUUGACAAGUUGGUGACGAAGACGGAACAGUUCGCGCAGAGUUUGACGUCGCCAGGGAAAGAAUCCAAUAGUGAUGUGUCGGUGGAGUUUUUAAAAGCGGAAACUGCUGUAAAACCCGAAACAAAAGAUUCCAAAGAACCGGCAAUUGGAAUUGUGAAAGAGAAGAAUGAAGCUCCUGUGGAAAAAGGCAGAGUGGGAGAUGAAGACGCAAUGGAUGGCCGUAAGAAGAAAAACAACCGAGAAAGCAAAAAGGAAGACAGUUCAGGUUUCAUAAACUCGGAACGAGCAGUAGUAGACCCUAUUGCACCUCCAUCAAAAACCCCGAGAAAAGGUUCAGAUUCAAAGUCGGAAAGUACGGAUAAAGAUGUGAAGAAAGGCGCCUCCAAAAGUAAAGAAAGUAAAAAUGAUGAUUCUAAAGGGACCCCUGAAACUACAUCAACCUCUGACGAAAAGAGAUACGAUAACAAACCGGAUAAACCACCAAGUAAAGUACCUGUUUCUCAAGAAAAUGUGCCAAACCCAGAAAAACGUACCUCUUCGCCAACAGAAGGAAAAAUUAAGAAUGACACAGUUAAGAAAGAAGACCCAAAGCCUCAGACACCAAAAAGUGAUGACGCAGGAAAACCCGCAUUGAAAACACCUGAAAAGGUCGUGUCUUCAAGUUCACAAGGACAAUCGCCGUCCACCCUCACAGGUGGAAAAUCGACGAGUGACACAGUUAAAAAAGAAGGUCCAGAGCCUAAGACAAAAAAAAGUGAUGACGUAGAAAAAGCCGCAUUGAAAACUCCGCAAAAGGACGUUUCUUCGCCCCUCACAGACCCUCAGGGUUUGACAGUCGAGGAGAAGCUGCAAGCGUUUCUGUCAGCUGAGGGUAUGGCGGGAACCAUCAAGGAAACACCCGCCAAAAACGGCGAUGGGAGUCUACAAUCAGACAAGCGAGAGUGUCUUUACAAGAUUCUUGUUAUUGGAGAGUUGGGAACUGGGAAGACGUCUAUUAUCAAGAGAUAUGUCCACCAGUUUUUUUCGCAGCAUUACCGAGCAACCAUCGGGGUCGACUUUGCUCUCAAAGUGCUUAAUUGGGACUCAAACACCAUCAUCCGCCUGCAGCUUUGGGAUAUUGCUGGACAGGAAAGGUUUGGAAACAUGACCAGAGUGUACUACAAGGAAGCGGUUGGUGCCUUUAUCGUGUUUGACGUGACGAGAUCUGCGACGUUUGAUGCCGUCCUCAAGUGGAAGCAGGAUCUUGAUUCCAAAGUACAACUUGCUGACGGUAGUCACAUCCCCUGUGUGCUGCUAGCAAACAAAUGUGAUCAACAAAAGGAGGGAAUUGUAAAUACUCCGGCCAAGAUGGACGAGUAUUGUAAAGAAAAUAACUUCUCUGCUUGGUUCGAAACAUCUGCCAAAGAAAAUAUCAACAUAGACGAGGCUGCAAAAAGCUUAGUUACACAGAUUUUACAAAAUGACAAAUCCAGCCAGAACGGAAGAGAUUCUGGGCGAGAUGGAGGAAAGUUCCCCCUGGAUGGCAAGUCAGAACAAGAAAGCAAAUCUUGUGCGUGUUGAGACAAUCUCACUGUCUAAGAAUUGGCCUUCUUGUGCUGAGCUAAGAACACGAUAAUAAGAAGAUGAUACUAGUGUCUUAACUCCUUACCUAUAGAUUUUGUUUGAUUUCAAAAUUGUAUGAUAUACAGUUUUUUUUAUUAUUGUUUGUCUUUAUUCUCUUAAUACAGUAUGAGGUUAAAAUCACUCGUAAACAAUGCAAGUUCGGAACAUUUUAUAAUUCUUUAAACAAAUUUAAAUAUAAUGUGUCAAGGAAAACAAAGGAACAUGUUGAGAAAUCAGAUUAUAAGUGUUUUGUUUUUUUUUUCUAAGAAAUUAUAACUGUGACUUUGUUACUGUAAAGUUUCACUGCCAUAUAUUUCCCCAAUGAAAUUCCAUUGAUGCUAGAGUGGUUAGAAAAUAAGUACCGGUAGGUGAAUGUAUAAAUUUCUAUUUCUACACAAAUAUUAAUAAAUUACCGGUAUGUAUCUGGUUAAAUUCCAUGUGCAGGUUGUUUGUGAAAAAAUCUAAAUUAAUUUGUAGUUAUUUAUAAGAAUACUGUGUGUGUUUUGAGACGCAGAUAAGCAUGUAAUCUGUAAAAGUACAUAAUAUUAACACACAUUCAUACUAGAAAUAUAAAAAAAACGCAAUUUAAUAAUUUAACUAUAAAAUAAAUUUGAAAAAUAUAUACACUUAUUGUAUGUUCUUACUGUCCGCGAGAGUAAAGAAGUCCCCUGAGCUCCGGCCUAUUCGUAGUUUGAAGGCGUUACGCUUGAACGUUUCGCGGGACAAUUAUUUUUUUUUAUAGAGCCGUCUUCACUCUUCAUGAGGUAUGACGCGUUCAUAUAAGGUAACUCACCAUCGACGUCUACACUUUGCCAACAUUUCUGGAACGUUAAAUAAUUGCUCAUCCAAGUUUCGUCCAGAUAGAAAAUUGUCUUAUUUUGUUCCCUUAGCUUCCUCAUCUCUCGCAAAUACUUAAACCUCCAAUUAAUAAUGUCAGGCCUUUCAAUCAAACAUUUUCUUUUGGAAUCGCAUUUCUUCCACUUUAACCCCAUAUCUUUGAAAAGACGCCGAAGUGCCCAUUCGUACCAUUUAAAAUUAAUCCUUUCUCUCAAAACAGAUAAUAGUUUUUUUCGCAACACUACUGUGAAAUAACCUGUUUUCGUUCCAUGUUUAUCAACUGCGAAAAUCCAUCAUUACAUUAUUUACCACGGCAAAAGAAUGUUAACUAUCAACUGCGAAAAUCCAUCAUUACAUUAUUUACCACGGCAAAAGAAUGUUAACUAUCUUUUUUAGAUUUUGCCGACGUAAUCAAACAAAUAUUUUUUUGUCUUUACAUUCAUUGUCACAACACUCAAUCACCCGUCUAAUUAAAUCCCUCUCUCCACUAUAUAUAUAGUAGCACCACAUUUUGAUAAAUCCAUAGCUGCAAGGACUGUCCAAAACAAAACAGAACUCCAAUACGCAAUCAUACGAGACUGCACUGAAAAAAUGACGUGACCACAUGAUGAUAAUCCACUUAACAAAACAAAGAUAUGAGUAAUUAUGUUUACAAAAGUUGUUUACAGACAGACAUCGAGGCGAGGCACUCAGAUGCUUAGCGCCUGCAAAUAGUGCGCGAUACCCUCCAAACAUAGCUGCGUAUCGCUCUGGCUCAAGGGACUUCUUUACUCUCGCGGACAGUAACAGUGGCGGUUCCAGAGGGAGGGGCGAAGGGGGUGACCACCCCCCCCCCCUAGGGCAUACAUAUAUAUAUUUUUUUACUGCAUGUAAUACACUCGUGCAUACACAUUGCGUAAAAUAAUUUGUCACAGUAACUUUGGAAAAAGAUAUGGUAUAUAACUGCCAUCUUGGAGGCUUAUUUUACACACAUUUUUCGGGGUAGUACCCCAGAACCCCCCGACUCCCCCGGUUCGACACCCCACCCUUGUGACUGUUCUAGGAUCCGCCACUGUGUUCUAAUAACUUAAUAUAUCAUUAACUUGAUAUAUCAUUAUUUUUGUGGUAUUAGCAGCAAAUCUAAAGAAUAAUGAUGAUUUUUAUGCCUGGUUAAUAAGAUUUAUAAGAUUUUAUCCAUUAAAAAUGUUGCAUCUGAUGGUUCUAAGUUGCCAUAACUAAAGAUCGCAGUAGUAGUAAAAUCUAGUCAACGAGUUUUAAGGUUUUACAUCGUUCUCUACUCUGAUCACAAUUUUUAGAUUUUUUAAUACUUUGAAGAAAAAUGUACGUCUAUUUAGGUUUUGUGUGAUAUCUAAUUACUGUAGUACUUAAAUUAAAAUUAACAUAUUUCCCAAUGAUAUGACAAUAUGUACUUUAUAUAUCUAUUUAGUUUACAUAUAUUUGAUCAAUGCUUUUUUUAUUUAUAACACAUAAUUUAUUAGUUCAAUUUACCUAUAUUUUUGUAUUUUACUAUCAACUUAUUCUAAAUCAAGAGCCUUAGAAACUUUAAAAAAUAAUUUAAGGUAGGUGCAAUAAAGAGUUUUAGAAAUUCACAAUCGUGUUGUACCAUAUUAUACCUAAGUUAGCAUUAUAUCCAUAACACAUUUGAAUUAUUAGGCUAUUAUUACUUUCGUUGUGUAAAUUUAUAAAUAUAUUAUUUUCUUCAGAGAUUUAGGCUAUAUUUUUUAUAUUACGAUUUAUUAUGUUGCUUGGAUUUAUAAUUUGCUCUUUUAUAGAGUUGUAAGACACUGAUUUGUUGAUAUUAUUGAUAAAUUAUUCUAAUUCAUUGUUACACUUUUAUACACAGAUAUCCAUGUUCACAUUGUAUUAUAAAAAUGUAGAUCAUAUCAAAUUUUAAGAGAGUUUUGCAUUUGUAUUUUAUAAAUGUAUGAAAAGCUUUACAUAUUAAAAAAGUAGUUAUAAAAUUUGUACUGUACUGUUUUUCUUUAAAAUUAAAUUUUUGUUCACGUUUUA